AUGUUGUCUUUCUUUUUAUCGUUCUUCUUGCCUGCGGUUUUCGCGAGUCCUAUCUCUUGCCGCAGCGCAGAUGUAGACUUUUAUAAUCCCCUCUUGAGUGGCGGCUCAAUGCUUGACAAGUCGGCGGGACUUGGGGAGCCUCUUAAUGUUAUUAUAUCUGCAAAGAGCACAUCCACCGUCCUGGACAUCAAUUCUCCUCUGGGAGCUAUCAACUAUUUCCGUGCCAUUGGCUUCUCAAUCGAAUGCUUUGGCCAACAUCUUGGAACUCCACAGUCCGCCAACUUGGGUGAUGGUCGGGGAGAUGUCAACGAAACGGCAGUCAUCCGGCAGGAUUUCAAUAUCCCCAUCCUUGGCACAUGCAUAGAGAGUUUGACCGGUGGAAAUCACUUCCGUGUCUUCCCUCAAACUGGCCCGGCUGCGAAUAGUGGUGCACUGUUCCUCGCUGUCUCCAAGGAGGAGGACCUAAGUGAAAGCCAUAACAUCAUUCCCGAUGGAUACGACAUCGGCCGGUUUGUCAUUAAUCACUCGUUGCCGCCGCCGUUGGAGAACACAGUUACUUGGGUCCAGAAGUACGUGACGGAAGUGACCAACCUUACCGGACUGCUGCAGGUUGGAUCGGAAGGCAUCAAUCACUGCGGGUCUGUAGGUAUUGCUAUCGACGGCGUGGUGAAGAUGUUGACUGUAACAGCCACCCUCGAUUUGCCCUUCUUUGAAUGA